AUGGAAAUACUUGCAAAGAGCGACAAUAGAGUGUAUUUUUCUAUGGGCACUAAAGUUUUUAUAACGAAUGCGAUGACCCCGUGGCUCAACAUUGACCGUCGCAUCAAGCACCCAAUUCACAAAAUACCAUCAUUUAUGUAUUCUAAAGACAAAUUCAUUGAAAUAUCUCCCUCUUUGAGAUUUGUAGUGAAAGAUUCCAUCAGGGAAUGUAUUCUUUCGCUCAUGCCAGGGUCUUUGAUAUCUUUCACAUUCACGUUUUCCAAAAUGGUUAUUGAGGACCUCCUAAAAGAGUCAGAAGUAGACAGCUUAGUUGCUGUGGGACUAUUAUCAAUUUCCGAGACAGUAAGAUUCUUGGAAUCUUCACCAUCUACAGCGUUUGACGAUUUAAUUUCUGACAUUCUUUCAGCAACAGUUGCUGGAGCUUCUUCAGCUGAUCUGCCGGAAAUGUCCAAUGUCUCUCCCAAGUUAACACUUGUAGAAUUCUCAUCAGCAAUUUUCGGCGAUAUAGAGCGCGACUUUCUUUUAACAGCAAUAUCCGGUACCCUCAGCUGGAGCGUUUUGUAUCAAAAAUUACAAUUUUAA